AUGUUACUUGUGUACAAAAGUUCUGUUGACAGGUUAUGCCGUCAACGACAAAUUCCACCUGGAAGUAUUGUUAUAAAGAAUUCUCGCAUGGUCCAUAUGAAACCUGGUUCAAAGAACCCACCACCACCACCACCACCUACUCAGAGAAAACAUCCACCACCGAUUCAGACAACUAAAACACCACCACCGAUUCAGACAAAUCCAACACCACCACCUUGGCAGCCUCCAUCAAAGACCUUGAAAACCCCAACACCGUCUCCUUCCGACCCUACUUCAAAGACUCAGACAAACCCACCACCACCACCAAUUCAGUCAACCCCAACACCCUCUCCUUCCCAUCCUACUUCAACGAAUCAGACAAACCCAACACCACCACCAAUCCAGACAAACCCAACACCGCCACCUACUGAUCAGCCUCAACCAUCAAUCCCGACUUCUGAGGAAUUCAGAUUCAUUCCUACCCCGGGAUAUACUCAUCGUGUUUUACAAAGUCCUCCCCGUCACUCCACAGAAGAGGGCAUUCAAGAAGAGGGGGACCAAGCACUUUCUAAUGAGGAACAAGAAGAACAAGUUGAUGGGCAAAGACCGAAGAUCUAUAUUGUGGAAGAUACUGCGUAA